UCGCUCUCCGGCAGCAGCGUAGACGGCAUGUCGCUGCGCGGGGGGCGUGACGGCCGCGAGGGGCGGCACCGCGUACGACCCGCCCCGCCCGACAGACACGCGCUCGUCAACAAGGAGCGAGACACCGGCAUGAUGAUCCCGCGGACCCAGCGCGUGCAGUCGGAGCAACUCCGCGUGCUGCCGCCGGCCGAGUUCGCGCCGCUGCUCAUUGAGAAGCUGGAGCGCGUGAGGAGGGACCGCGAGAACAAGGAUAGACUCGAGCGGAGGCUCAAUGAGGGUGACAGCGAGGAGUCGUGUCAAGCGCUUCCGCCGCAACUGGUGGCCGCCGCCAUCCGGGAGAAGCUGCAGCCCGAUGACGACAACGAUCAAGAUAUCCUUGACCAGCACGUGUCGCGCGUGUGGUCCGAGCGCACGCCUGGUGCGUCCCCGCCGGGCGGGCGCCGCACGCGUCGCGUGGGACGCCGCACAGCGUCCGCGCUCUCCGCCGAUUCGGGUCACUACGACGCCUCAUGCGCCUCCUGCGACCUACCGCCUCGCAGGUCGGUGAGCAAGAAGACGGUGACGGAGCUGACGGACAGCGGCGUGUCGGUGGUGAGCGAGGGCGCGUGGUCGGUGGAGCCGCGCGUGCUGCUCUGGAUGUCGGCGGCGCGCGGCGACCACGACGAGCGGCGCCGCCCCGCGCGCGCGCAGCGCGGCAGCGGCAGUAAGUCGAGCAGCACGAGCGGCGGGGCCAGCAGCGUGGCGGCGGUCGGCGGCGGCGCGGUGCCGGAGCAGCACACCGUGGUGGUGGUGAGCUUCCUGGACGAGGCCGUGCCCUACCGGUUCAAGGUGCCGGCCGCGCCGCUCACGCUCAAGACCUUCAAGGAGUACCUGCCGAGAAAAGGCAACUACCGAUAUUUCUUCAAGACGGAGUGCGCCGACCUCGACAACACGGUGAUACAGGAGGAGGUGAGCAACGACGGAGACACGCUGCCCAUGUUCGAAGGGAAGGUCAUGGCGAGGGUCAAGAGCAUCGAGUGAAUGUACACCUGGACCGGGGGUGAUGACUGCUGCCAGGAUGACGUCAGUUAGGCCGGAUCCACACAUAACGAACGACGGCGAAAGAAAGAGAGCGUGCAGCAAGGAGAGUGAUACACAAGUGACGCCUCUAUCUGAUAACUGUCAUCCUUUGUAUGUGGACCAGAUCUUCUGUUACAAUUCUCGUAGCAUCGUCAUUUUGAUGGAGAAUAAUUAUUACAGAUAUGUAUGUUCAGUUUUAUAUUUAUGUUUGAUCCUGACUGACACCAAUGACUCAAUCAAAGUAGCAAAGCUAUCUUAUAUCGAUCGAGUCAUAAACGGAGGUGAUCUAUUAUAAAUGUCGAUAGCGAGUAGACUAUCGCUAUCCAAAAGUAUUAUAUUAUUCAAUGAGCGAGUCUUUUGACCUUUACGUUUUGACGUUUAAGAUAAUUUAAAUCUGACUGAAUUAAUUUUGUCAUUUUAUGUAACGUAUAAGAUUAGGAGUGGCGUGGCGUAAAUAUCAUGGAUAUAUGUAGCUAGUAGACCGCGAGGCAGACACGAGACAACCAACAAUAUUGUACACACUUGAAAUCUCUAACUAACCAACAAACAACAACCAAAGUCAUGUUAAAAUCUGAAGAUAGCUAGCUUUAUUGACAGCUCUCCACGCGCUCCGACCACAUACCGUUGGCGUAAAAUACGUCAGUGAAACUACGCCUAAAUCGGCGUACCUGAGCCAAACUAGUUGCAAGUAAUCUGCUAGGUUGUGUUUAAUGAUAUAACAGUUUGCUUUGUGAAUCUGUGUAAAAAUAUAGACUUAGAGUACCUGACAGCCCGACCAGCGCGCGAUCGAUUUUAAUUUGUUUUUAUUUUUACACUUACAUACAACUAGUAUAAAAUAAGAAUAAAAAUUACUAAAUAGUUAAUUAGUUAACAAUCUAACACAAACAACAUCUACCGUGUUCGUAAUUUUUGCUUAAACAUUUUUUCCAUAUCAUUAUAUAUAACUAUGUAAGAUUUACUCAAUACAAUAUUACGUUCCAUUCAAGGAGCUAUAAUUAUUAAAUUGGCGCGGCACAGAGACGGAGCGCGCGCGGAGAACUAUCAAUAAUUUAAGGUCGUUUCGUUUGGAUUUCAAGCGCGAAUCAUUAAUUAAAAUAUUAAUAAACAAAUCAUAAAAUUCAUUGUGUACUCACUGUCUCUUAGUUACAUAUCAAUUCAAUGGGAUUUGCUAAAAUCGUUGGCCUAGUGUUAGCCCGACUACACUAUACAUAGUCGUUAUAAAGUUAUCGUUGUACUCCUAAUUGAGAGAAUUUGAGAGCAAUAGAUACAUUUAUGCUCACUGAAGUUGUGUUUUAAGAGAAGGUAAUCAUGUAAAUGUCAACAUGCUCAAAUGCUACCAACAUCAUAGAGUUCAUUAGUUUUCAAUUCCUAAGUGUUAAUCCAUGUUUUGAAAAAAGUAGUAAAAAGUUUUAUUUUCUUUUAAGAAAAGAAACUUAUUUUUGGCGAACACAAUGGAUUAGAUAGCGGCGAGCUACGCCGGCUUAGACAAUAGUGACGUCAGAGUUAUGGCGUGCACGGUAGUACUUAAUACCUUUAACGGUAACGAUAUACUGUAUUAUGUCAACGUUAUAUAUUUAAAACAAACAUUGUGCUAGUCCAACUUAUCAACGAGCAUUUCAUUUAAUUUGAGUAUUAGUGUUGCUACUUAGAUUCAUUCUAGCUGUUGAGUUAUUGUGGUAUACGAAUAUAAUUGGAUGUUCAUGAAACACGAUCAAUACCUUAUCUAAAACAUGGUGAUAGACCACUUGUUUAAAUAAAUAUUUUCCGCAAGCAAGCUUUUAACGGUAUACAUUUAAAACUCAUAUUAAAUGCUAUGCUUUGGCACUAUUUUUAAGUAAAUGCAAUUAUAAGGAAUUUAUUUAAAUAAAAAACUUUGUAAAGGAUUAAAACCGUGCAAUUGUCGCUGUAUUUUUACAUUAGGUUUUUGCGUAAAUGUUAAAUCCUUUAAAAAGUUUUUUAAACGUGUGUAACAAUCGCGUCAAUCAAAUAAAAUACAUAGUAUGUAUAAGGAAUGUUAAAUUAAUCGAUUAAUUAAAUAUUUAUUUUACGUAUUACUAGCGUGUAUCGUAUCAUCGAAGCAAUGAACAACAGUUUAUUUUAUUAAGCAAUUCUGUUGUUCUUUUGCAUUAAAUCUUAAGUCUUAAGAACGCCUAGCGGAGCUAUUACGUUAAUGAAACCUAUCCCAGGUUUACCAAACCAGUUCUUAUAACAAGAUGAUAGCAGAGUGCCAUCUCAGUUUGGCAGGUAUUGUGACGGUAGUUGUAAAGUGUUUGAAAUAUUUGGUUUUAAAUUUAAAUAACAAUAAGCGAUCUAUUCAGUUUCAAUGUGUAAAUAGCAGAGAUAUACCAGUGUUCAUAUGUUUGUCCGCGGCAGGCGCCGGAAGCGCUCCUUCCCGCGUCUGUAUUUACAUUAUAACACAGCUGUACAUAUUGUGUAUAUAAUCGCAUUCGUCCCUACUGUUGUGUAGUUUUUAACUAGCGGUAACUGUCGAGGGUCUCGUGUUCAAAUCUCAGACUGACGGCAAAUCAAUAAUAAUUCGUAUUCAUUACGAUUUGUUUAACAGUUUCAUUUCAACAUGGUGAAACACAGUAUUUAAUAUAUUGGUAUAGAUUAAGGAAACCGUUCAGUGACGUCAUUUUAUAAAACAAUCAAAUUGGCUGACGUCAUCGCCAUAAAUAUUGAAAAUGUUGUUGACUUAACAUAUCGGCGCUGUUUGUGAGUCGGAGUGUUAUUAUCAGUCAAUUUUAAUAGUAUUUGUUCAAUCGUAUCGGAACUAUUUAUUUGUUAAGUUCAAAGUCGCGACAACACAAUAAUACUGGAAAUUGUCAACUGUUUGUUUUAAUUACGGUAGAGUGACAACUAAGGCCAUGGAUAUCGAACGAUGGCGAAAGAAACCUAUGGAACGAAAGAGAAAGAGUUUGUGUGGUGAGGAGUGAAGGAGUAAGAAUUUUUUAUUUAGCUUUUGUUCGACAUUGUUUUGUCUAUGUGAACAAAUUCUAAAAAAAUGUUAUUUAUAAAUCAGUCUUACAUAAUCCUGUACUAGUAAAUAGUUUUUAAAGUAAUUAUUUUUGCGUUUGUUUCCAUUCGCCACGAAUAAAUAAAUGUCGGGAGUCUUGUCGUGAUCAAAUGUAAUUAUUUCUUUCGCACUACUGGGGAUAGUUGUGUAAUUAUCUGCCGUAUGUACUCACAAUAAGAAUCAUAUUAUCAAACAAAAUUUAGCUAACGAAUCACACUACUUAAUAUUUUUUUCAAGGCUUUUCCAACCUAUAAUGCGAGCGUAUAUAAAUAUUUGAAGUAAUCACAAAUGUUUCAAUAUUAAGUCCUGACAGAAAUAUGAAAACAUUUAGAAAUUGCACUAAGUUAUGUUUUGUGUGUUUGAUACAUGUCGACUGGUGGCGUUGUCAAAUGACUGUUUGCGUCUGUGUAUGUGGGGAUUAUGUCUGCGCGGAUAGGGCGGGGCGCUGAGGGGGCGGAGUUUGAUGUCGCUUUAUAAAUUAUAUGUUCUGAUAUAUGCUAUAUUAUAACAAUCUGUUGUGGAAGGUACUCUUACACGAUGUUGCCAUAACAUAAACCCUAUAAAUAAAUAAAUAAUAUUGACACACUUUUACACAAAUUAUCUUGCCCCUAACUAGUCAUAGCCUGUGCUAUGGGUACAAGACAUCGACAUAUUUAAUACAAUAUACUUACUUAAACAUACAUAAAUACAUAUAAACAUCCAUGACUCGGAAACAAACAUCUAUAUUAAAUAUUAAACCUGCAUAUCAUAAAUGAACAAAACUAUAUUAUACUUCCUGCAAGAGUACUUUCUGUGACUGAUCGUAAUCCCAAUGUAGUAUAAAGGUUAUUAUGAAUGUUCAUUGAGCGACUCUCGAGUUGAUUUCUAUGUGUCUGUUGAUAUUAUGUUGUUGUAUUUGUAUCGCCCGACGGUACCUGAACCCCACUAUAGUUGCAGCUAUUAUUUUAACACUCGUCUCUCAUACAAUAAUUAUUACUUGAUUGAAACUUUCUAACCCAUCAUGAGUUUUUCUAUUGUAAAGUGCUAGUCUAAGUUAAAGUUCAUAAACUGGUUUGUUUCUCUGGUCUGUCUGGUUUCCUACUAACAACCUCAAGCACAAUUUGUCUUUGUGUAUGUUGUUGACCUAAAGAGCGCACUUAGACUACUCAGAUUUUACUCACUUAAAACUUAGCUGAGUGAAAUAAAACUCGAAUUUCACUUUUAUAUUGGGCUGUCUUAGCUUAAGCUCACUAUAAUUUUUAGCUGUCAACUGACUAUAAAAGCGAUUUCAAUUAUUAUGCUAAGUUUGAACCAUAAACUUAGUAUAGUAGCGUAAAGACGAAGCCUGUGUGAUAGUGAGAUAACUAUCUUUACACAAAGACCUACGUGUGACAAAGAAACAGACCGUGAAACCGUUUUGAAACAAUUCAAUGUACAUUAGUCUCCUGACAAAUUGGACCGUAUUUUAUUUCGUGUUUUUGUCGUUUGAAUGUGUUGUUAUCUACAGUAACAAUCCAAAUAAAGAAACAUUUCACAGCUAAAUACUGAUUCUUCUAUACUGCUUUCGUAGUGCUUAUUUUCGUAGAACAUAUUCACUAAAAUAUUUUGUUUUUCAUGUUACAUCCACAGUAAUUAUUAAUAAAAAAAAUAUAUGUUAGAAAAUAAAAUAUUGCAUACGUGAAUAUGACGCCUUUUAAAUAAAUACAAUUAUCAAUAUUUGUCAUAAGGGUGGACCAAAUGCAAAAUACUACACACUUCAUUAACUCACAUUUGUGUAAAAGUAGCACACAUGAAUAUGUGCCUAAUGGGGAGCGUGCUUGUCUAUUACGCUAGUAUACUAAGUUAUACGUAAGUAAAUUAUGAGCAAAAGUGCGCACUUCAACACAGCCUAAGUCUUUAAAGAGUAAUAUGAAAAUAAUAGGUCAUAAAUAAUUUUGUUUGAAUUACUCAUCGAGCUAUGAUAUAUUUAUUUUAAUAACGCGUUGAGUAUUUCUCAAGCAAAUUGAUGUGUACCAGAAGCGAGUAGGUGGUCAUGAAAGAUAUUUUUGGGUCAGGUUACCAUUAUAGCCGGGUACAUGAAAAUAUUUUUAAGUUUACAUUCUUCGAUUAAUCUUUUUUAAACGGGUUUAUAUGUGAAACAUUUUGUUUAGUUUGUAUUAUUAAAGGUACGGCACGCAUUGUUUCUAUUGAAAUUAAUUCAUUUCUUGAUAUAUUUUGUAUUAAAAUAAAAUUUGUUUUGGUAAUAUAAAAUAGUGCUAUUACUGGAACUGCGUGAAAGGGAGUGAAAGAGAUAGUCUAUAGUGCGACGUUAGAGCGAGUUGCGAUGAACUAUGUAUAUGUUAUAAGAUUAUAUGAUCGGGUGUUCGACAACAGUACUUAUUAAAGUAAUUUUAAGGUUUAAAUUAGUGUAAAGUCCGGUCCACUGUAUGAUAUAGCGCGUACGAGCGAGUGCCCUCGCGGGAAAAGGGUGCGGAAACAUGUGCCUUCAAUGUUAAUAAAGUUUUCAUAGUUGAUGCUUCUAGAUGUAACUGUAAAUAUUAGAUGUAACGCCGAUUAACGAACACAUUAUUUUUUAUUAUUUAAUUAAUAUUGUUUAUUUAUUGCCUGAGUGUUCCCAAUGAUUGCUCUCAGUCACUUUCUCUUUGUUUGUGACAAACUAUGCUCUGAACUAAUAUAACUUAUAGCCCACCUAGCUGUCAUGAAUGACACACGUCAAAUUGAAUGGUAUCUGUUCAGGUUCAAACUGGCGGAUUUACAUAAUUUAAUUACUGCAGUUCUCGGCACCUCCGUUCAUUUUUUCCUAUUACUUCUUUAAAGAAAUGAUUACUAUCAAGAUUUACUGUUAAUCACAAAGUGUACAGAUUUCAAUGCUGUUUUCACAAGUUUAGUUGUUCGUGGUUAUUAAGCGUUAACGUUGAUAUUACAAGAAAUAUGUUUAUAUUGAAUAAAUGUUGGGAGUUGAAUAGUUUGUCACAAUCAUUAGACGGCCUUCACAGUACACAACCUCUGAUACAAUGUCUUCCUCGCCUAUCUUAGCUUAAUCUUUUUCUAUCGUUUAGUGAAUUGUAGCUUUUAUAAUUUACAAAUAUGCCGUCGUGUCUGGGCGUCGCUGGUGUCGCGAUAUGUCGCGACUGAUCACGGUGUGGUGAAGCUUGUUAACAGGCUGAAUUGAUGUUUAAAUGAAUAAUAAAGUCUCUAGAAAAACACCUUGUAGUUUUAGAGAAAUUUUAAAUAAAAUUUUUCGUUAGAUAUAAUAAUAUGUGGAAUAAGUACACUUGCAAAAAGAUCUGUUCAAAAUAAUCAUUCAAACGUAUCGUCGUUUCUUGAUUGAUGUAAUACAAUGAAAAUAUGUUUGGAUAGAACUAAACAAUGUGAAAAUCUAAUGUGUGCCCGUUUCGCCAAGUUAUUUGUUGAAAUUGUACAAUAAUAAUAAAAAAUAAAAUGUAAGUUGUAAUGGAAGACGGCCGCGUCCGUGUGUGGCGUGUAUGUUUCAUUCAAUUGGACUGGUUGUAUUAUUUUUAUAUAUAGCACGUGUAACGACAAACAAUAUACUGGACCUGUGCCAUACUC